CGGUUAAUUUUAGUUCAAUACUCUUAACACGGGUUCAGAUCGAUGAAGUCUCGUUCCGCUCAAAGAGAACUGCGAAUUCCUCCCUGUUAAUAUCCGUCAAUCACCAGCUCGCCUGGUGCCGAGUUUAAGGCUUUGGUAAAAAUGCGAAAACGAGGGGAAUCCUGCCGUCACGAGUAGCUCCGUAAUCAAGUAACUUGUACCCCUGUCACCGCCCACGUCCUUGGAACCUGGCUUCGCCGACUUAAAAGUCGUAAAAAAAGACUCCGUUAAAAUCUGCCCGCGUGUACCGUGUUUCCAGGGUGACUCUAGCCAGGGUUGAAACGCAUUUCGUGUUCGUAAUUUACGGUGUUUCGUGCAAGGUAAGACCCCGAUGACCCAACGCUCCCCGAUUUCAGACGCCUCUUCCCUUUUAACAUUUUUUUAUAUCUUCAAGAAAAAGGCCAUUGUGGAGGAAAGGAAAUGUUAUGUAAUUUAAAAGUCAAGAGGGGGUUUCUCCAAAAGUGGACGAGGGACCCGCCAGAUGAUCACUUUGGAAGCCGCUUCCGGAUACCCUCUGGAUCUGGUCUUGUAAAACCCGAAGAGGCUGCCUCCCAGGAGAGCAGGCAGUUUGACCAGGAUGAAGUCAGGCUUCGCCACUCCCAUGGUUUUAGGAAGGCCAGCCCCUUCCCUAUCCAGUUCCCUUCCCGACGCCUUGCAGAGAAGACCUCCACGACUCUCCUCCAGUUACGUCCUGAACGAAUCCCAGGCCCGCCAAAGCACGCCCUCGACCCAAGGCUCUGCUUCGACCAGCGCUGCAGGCGUGGGGAUCCCUCAGCCGCCUCCGGGGAUGAGCUUUUACGCGGCUAAGCGGGUUAUCGGAGAUAGUCCGUGGACGCCUGAGCAGCUGGAGCAGUGCAAAUUGGGCAUAGUGAAAUUCAUAGAAGCCGAGCAGGUGCCCGAACUCGAAGCCGUCAUACACCUAGUCAUCGCCUCCAGCGACACGCGGCACAGCGUGGCCACGGCUGCGGACUUGGAGCUGAAAAGCAAACAGAGCGUGAUCGACUGGAAUAAUCCUGCAAUCGUUAACAAGAUGUACAAAGUGUACCUGGGGGAUAUACCACUAAAGACGAAGGAGGGCGCCAUCCUGAAACCGGAGUUGAAGCGGGAUCCGGUCAGCACCCGGGUCAAAUUAAAGAUCGUUCCUCACCUUCUGCGUUCCAGGCAAGCGGCCGAAACCUUUCCGGCUAACAUUCAGGUGGUGUAUGACGGCCUCUUCGGUGUAAAUACAAACGCAAAACUGAGGACGCUGUCCCUGCAGUUUGUGCACCAGAUGUGUAUAGUAUGUCCAGACGUGAAGAUUAAGCCACUGGGGCCGAUGCUUUUAAAUGGCCUCACCAAACUGAUUAACGAGUAUAAAGAGGACCCUAAACUACUGUCGAUGGCAUAUUCCGCUGUUGGAAAGCUGUCCAGCCGAAUGCCUCAUUUGUUUACCAAGGACAUAGCCCUUGUCCAGCAGUUCUUUGAUGCUUUAUGUAAGGAAGAGCCUGACACCCGCCUGGCUAUUCAGGAAGCUUUGUCUAUGAUGGUCGGGGCCUAUAGCUCUCUGGAAGGAGCCCAGCGAACCUUGAUGGAGGCCUUGGUGGCUUCAAAGCUAAUAAAGCCCGAAGUCCAAGUUCGCCAGGUGGCCGUGAAAUUUGCCAGCACGGUGUUCCCCCCGGAUCACAUACCUUCCAGAUACUUGCUGCUGCUGGCCGCGGGAGACCCACGCGAAGAAGUUCACGGAGAAGCCCAGCGCGUCCUGAGAACGCUUCCCGGAAAAAACGAAAAGGAGAGCGCCUCGAAGCAGAUGCCCUCCUUCCCAGAAAUGGUGCAAUAUAUUCAGGAGAAGGCUUCGCAUCGAAUGAAGACUCCUGCCAAGUAUAUGACCGGAACGGCAGUUCUCCCUUUCAAUCCCGCUACAUUCGGAGAGAUAGUCCUGUACUUGCGAAUGUGCCUUGCCCACAGCGCUGGGGUGACGCCCACCUCCCAGAGCCUGCAGCACAUGCAAGAUAACGCCCCGGCCAUCGGCCGUUACGUUCGAACCUUGAUGGCCGCCAACCUCAUCACGGCCACUUCGACUUCUGCCGCCAAAGGCGGGGAGACCAACCCCGUGCAGAUCUACAUCGCCUUGCUCCAGCAGCUGCUGGCCGGGGUCGGAGGUUUGCCCGUCAUGUACUGCCUUUUGGAGGCCGUGUCCGUCUAUCCGGAAAAAUUAGCCGUCAAGUUCGUCGAUAAAACAGACUGGAUAAAGGGCCUGAUGAAUACGAACAAGGAGGAGAUGCGGGAGCUGGCCGCCCUCUUUUAUUCCGUAAUAGCGUCGACGAUGUCCGGAAGUGAGUUGAAGGCCACCAUCCAGAGCCUCAUAAAGUCCACGAAGGACAGCCACAGCCUGGAGAUCCAGCAUGGCUCUUUGCUGGCCUUGGGAUUCACCGUGGGACGCUAUCUGGCGAAAAAGAAAACCGGAACGGUGGCGCCCCAGGAUUUAGAGGAGACAAACGCCGCUUUUCUGCCCGACCAAGAGCAGCUCAUCCAGAGCACCACGGAAACGAUAGGUUCCUUUUUGGACAGUGCCACUCCUCUCCUGGUCGUCGCCGCUUGCACGGCCCUCGGGGAGAUUGGGCGGAACGGCCCGCUUCCCAUCCCCAGCGAAGGCUCCGGUUUUACCAAACUGCAUCUCGUGGAGAGUCUGCUGACCAGAAUACCCUCGAGCAAGGAAACGAAUAAGAUGAAAGAACGAGCCAUUCAAACCCUGGGCUACUUUCCCGUUGGCGAUGGAGAUUUUCCCCAUCAGAAGCUCCUCUUACAAGGACUGAUGGAUUCAGUGGAGGCCAAACAAAUUGAACUCCAGUUCACCGUCGGCGAAGCCCUCACCAAUGCCGCAGUGGGGACCAGUUCCGUGGCGGCCCGCGAUGCCUGGCUGGUGACCGAAGAAGAAUAUACUCCUCCCGUAGAGUCGAAAGUAAAUGAUGUGGUGCCCUGGGUUCUGGACAUCGUUUUAAAUAAGUACAUCGUCAGCCCCAACCCCCACGUGCGACAGGCUGCCUGCAUCUGGCUCCUUUCCCUGGUGAAGAAGCUGAGUUCCCAUAAAGAGAUCAAGUCUCAUCUAAAGGAGAUCCAAGGAGCGUUUGUUUCGAUUCUGUCAGAUAACGAUGAGCUUAGUCAAGAUGUUGCCUCAAAAGGCCUCGGAUUGGUGUACGAACUAGGUAAUGAAAAAGAUCAGCAGGAGCUGGUGGCCACCCUCGUGGAUACACUUAUGACCGGAAAAAGGGCUAAGCACGAAGUUUCUGGAGAGACCGUGGUCUUUCAGGGAAUGUCCCUCGGCCAAGCACCGGAUGGCCAGGGACUCUCUACGUACAAGGAGCUUUGUUCCCUGGCAAGUGAUCUCAGUCAGCCGGACUUGGUGUACAAAUUCAUGAACCUGGCCAACCACCAUGCCAUGUGGAAUUCUCGGAAGGGGGCCGCUUUUGGAUUUAAUGUGAUCGCCACCAAAGCCGGAGAGCAGCUGGCCCCGUUCCUGCCUCAGUUGAUCCCUCGCCUUUACCGCUACCAGUUUGAUCCCAAUCUCGGCAUCCGGCAAGCGAUGACCAGCAUCUGGAACGCGCUGGUCACCGAGAAAUCUGCCGUGGACAAAUAUCUGAAAGAGAUCCUGCAAGACCUGCUUAGUAACCUGACUAGCAAUAUCUGGAGGAUUCGGGAGUCAAGCUGUUUAGCCUUGAAUGAUUUACUGAGGGGAAGACCAAUCGAUGACAUUAUCGACAGACUUCCGGAAAUAUGGGAAACCCUCUUCAGAGUGCAAGAUGAUAUUAAGGAAUCGGUACGAAAAGCCGCCGAGUUAGCCCUGAAAACGUUAAGCAAGGUGUGUGUGAAAAUGUGCGACCCCUCCAAAGGAGCAGCGGGCCAGAAGACCGUUGCCGUCCUCCUCCCGUGCCUCCUGGACAAAGGAAUGAUGAGCACCGUGGCUGAAGUUCGGGCUCUCAGCAUCAAUACCCUGGUGAAGAUCAGCAAAAGUGCCGGAGCGUUGCUGAAACCCCAUGCCCCGAAACUCAUCCCGGCUUUAUUGGAAUCACUGAGCGUCCUGGAGCCCCAGGUGCUCAAUUACCUGAGCCUCCGUGCAACCGACCAGGAGAAGACCGCGAUGGAGAGUGCCCGGCUCAGCGCUGCGAAAUCGUCUCCCAUGAUGGAAACGAUUAACAUGUGUCUACAGUAUCUCGACGUGUCUGUCCUGGGCGAGCUGGUUCCCAGGCUGUGUGAGCUGAUCAAGAGCGGAGUCGGUCUCGGGACGAAGGGAGGCUGUGCUAGUGUGAUUGUGUCGCUAACCACUCAGUGUCCCCAGGAUUUAGCACCAUAUUCAGGUAAACUUAUGAGCGCCCUGCUCAGUGGACUGACGGACAGGAGCAGCGUGGUACAAAAAUCCUUUGCGUUCGCUCUGGGACACUUAGUACGGACGGCCCGGGACGCUAGCGUCGAGAAGCUGCUGCAGAAACUCAAUAACUGGUACAUGGAGAAGGAAGAACAAAUCUACAGGACGUCUUGUGCUCUGACCGUCCACGCCAUCGGGCGCUACAGUCCCGACGUCCUGAAGAACCACGCCAGCGACGUCCUGCCCCUGGCCUUCCUGGGCAUGCACGAGAUUUCCGACGAGGAGAAAGGCGAGAAGGAUGAUUCCGGUUUGUGGACGGAAGUUUGGCAGGAAAACGUGCCCGGGACUUUUGGCGGCAUUAGGUUGUACAUGCAGGAAUUGAUUUCCAUCACCCAGAGGGCCCUGCAGUCGCCGUCUUGGAAAAUGAAAGCCCAGGGAGCGACCGCCAUGGCGUCGAUCGCCAGACAGACCAGUUCCUUGGUACCGCCGUACCUCGGGAUGAUCCUGGCCGCCCUGCUGCAGGGCCUGGCCGGAAGAACGUGGACGGGCAAGGAAGAACUGUUGAAGGCCAUCGCUUGCGUCGUGUCCGCCUGCAGCGCGGAACUGGAGAAGUCGGUGCCGGAUCAGCCCAGCGUGAAUGACAUCGUCCAGUCGGUGCUGAAAGAGUGUCGCAAAGAAAACGUCAAGUACAAAAUCGUGGCCAUCAACUGCAUAGCUGACAUCCUGAAGGUGACCAAAGAGGACCGGUUUCAAGAGUUGGCGGACAUCGUUUUCCCGAUCAUUAAGAAGCAUUCGCUCGAGAGCGCCGGCCUCCGUCCGUCGAAGAAGGAGGAGGAGGAGGAGGAAGGCGAGAAAGAGAAGGAGCUGCACACGGAGUCGCUGCUGUGUGCUUUUGAGAGUGUCGGGAAGGCCUGGCCCAGGACCGGAGACACCCAGCGCUGCUACCAUCAGGAGCUGUGUAAGCUGAUGUGUGAACGCCUGAAACUCAGCACGUGGAAAAUCCAGCUGGGCGUGCUGCAGUCCAUGAACGCCUACUUCCAGGGAUUGAUGCUCUUUGAAAAGGAAUACGCGGACCCCGCGAUGUUGACUGAAAUACUGUUGGAGACUUGCUCGUCCAUCACCUAUUCUUUAGAGAAUAAAAACUACACCUCCAUCAGAACGGAAGCUUUGUCCGUGGUAGAAUUAGUGCUCAAAAAACUCAAAGAGUCCGAACAGUGGGAAUGUUUGCCGCCCGAAAGCAGAAACCUCCUCAUCGGAUCGCUGACGACCAUGGAGGCGGACAGCAGGCCCGAGCUGCGGGAGAAGGCGGCGGCGUUGAAGAAAGCGCUUGAGAAUCCGAAGUGAAGAGGGGCGAAGGAGGAAACGGCCGGAAAAAAUAAAAGAAACCAAUAACCAAGUGCCAUGUAAAACAAAACAAAAAAAAAGGCGGUGUACUCUGAAAACCAAGUGGGGAAAAUGAAGAUUAAUCUGUAGCAUGCGUCUUUCCUUGGUCAAAAUAAAACGAAAACUGCCUUAAA